AGCCUCGCUCUGAGCUAACGCUCUUCUAACCUUUUUUGUCGAUGGCAUGGUUGUGCUAGCAGCCGCGGCGGAUAUUUCAAACACUUAAAAAGUGUUUUAGGAUUCAAAUUUGAAGUCGUUGAUUAAUUAAAUUUCUGCAAGCACAUGUCAGCCAUCACAUAUUCAACAAUUCAGUCUUCAGCCUCACACUUUGAGGUUGUUAUUAUCCCCCAAGGUUAGCUAGCGGCUAACGAUAGCCGAUUAACUACUUGAGCUAACGGUAAACUCGAGAGCUACUUUACAAUCUUUUCGUAUUGAAAUUUCGAAGUAAAUCAAAGAAAACCCGACCCGAUUAGAAGAAUAGUAUGGCGGAAGCCGACAAGCUGAACAUCGAUUCAAUUAUACAGCGUCUCCUGGAAGUGAAAGGCUCCAGACCUGGUAAAAAUGUUCAGCUGACAGAGAAUGAAAUCCGUGGACUCUGCCUCAAAUCCCGGGAGAUCUUCCUUAGUCAGCCGAUCCUGCUCGAACUCGAGGCCCCCCUCAAGAUUUGUGGGGAUGUUCAUGGGCAGUACUACGAUCUGCUGAGGCUGUUUGAGUACGGAGGCUUUCCGCCGGAGAGCAACUACCUGUUCCUGGGAGACUACGUAGACAGAGGCAAGCAGUCGCUGGAGACCAUCUGCCUGUUGCUGGCCUACAAGAUCAAAUACCCGGAGAACUUUUUUCUGCUGAGAGGAAACCAUGAGUGUGCAUCUAUUAACAGAAUAUAUGGCUUCUAUGAUGAGUGUAAGAGGCGGUACAACAUCAAGCUCUGGAAGACUUUCACCGACUGCUUCAACUGUUUGCCUGUCGCCGCCAUCGUUGAUGAGAAGAUCUUCUGUUGCCAUGGAGGCCUGUCCCCAGACCUCCAGUCCAUGGAGCAGGUGAGACGGGUCAUGCGUCCCACCGAUGUGCCUGAUCAGGGCCUCCUAUGCGACCUGCUGUGGGCCGACCCAGAUAAGGACGUGCUGGGCUGGGGCGAGAACGACCGCGGCGUCUCCUUCACUUUUGGCGCUGAUGUCGUCACAAAGUUUCUCCACAAACAUGACAUGGACCUUAUUUGCCGGGCUCAUCAGGUGGUUGAGGAUGGGUAUGAGUUCUUUGCAAAGAGGCAGCUGGUGACGCUGUUUUCAGCCCCAAACUACUGCGGGGAGUUUGACAACGCCGGAGCCAUGAUGAGCGUAGACGAGACCCUCAUGUGCUCGUUCCAGAUUUUGAAACCUGCAGAUAAGAAGCUGUUUUAUAGCGGCGGAGGAGGCGUGGGCUCCGGUCGCCCCGUCACUCCUCCCAGGAAAGCUAAGAAAUGACACUAGUAGUUUUGCUUUUGACCUCCGAGCCCCGGCCCUUCUGUCCUCUCUACCUCUUUUCUCCUUUCUUUCACCAAACAGCCAGAAAUCAAACCUAUACCCAGGGCUUUUUUCCUUUUUUUAUCUGUACUUCUUAAAACAUUACUGUUAAGAGUGGGUGUGUGUAAGCUUGUGCAGACAAGGUGAGCGGGAAAAUCACAUGUACAUUUUGUGCAAAAUUAUGAAAAGAUUUGGACCCCCCUCCCUCUUGCAUCGACCACUUUUCUAUUAGAUGUGAUGAAACCACAGAGUCUGCUUCUGCAGGGGUUUGACUGAAGCGCAGCGAUCGGCAGACGGUCGGAGUUUAUCAGCGGGAAGACGUUCAGCUGCGGACGACACAUGUCGCCAGGGGAGGGUGUAUUCUGUUUUCCUUGUCUCCUCUACUGUCAUAAUCUCUUAACACAGAUGUGUGUGAGUGUGUGUGUUGUCCUGCCUUUUUCAGUGUAAUGUCUCAUCUUGAAAAUUUCAGAACAAGGACACACACACACACACACACACAUACAUACACACACACACACACACACACACACACACACAUGUUCAGAUUCAUAUGAGCCAGAGCUGUAAAAACCCCAAACAGUUUAGGUUUGUACAGAUUUGAUUACUUGAAAGAGAUUUUUUGUGAAUUCGUUUUGUAGUCUUUCAUCAAGUUGACCAAUAAACAAAGAAUCUGAGCUGA